AUGACGCGACCCCAUAUCAUCAGAGCAGACACCAUCGACCUGCAGGACAAAACAUCGCCCACCGCCAAGGACCACUCCCACCAGCCCCAACAUCCGGCGCCGCUUGGAAUUGGUCCAGCAGCGCCCCAUCAGCAGGCUGCUAUACGACAGGUCGAGCAAGAGCGCAACUCCGAGGAGGCCCGUCUGCAAGAUGCAUGGAGCGACGCUGGCAGUCAGCUACGAGACGACCCCGGCUCCGAUGACGACCGCACGGUAAUGAACAACGCCAAUCCACGAAAUGGCCCCCAGCAAGACGAGCAGGCUGUCAGGCUGAAUGGCGGUGCAUCCGCCGACAACGAUGAUGCCGACAUGCAGGAUGCCGAUGAGGAGGACAUGGACGACGACAUGAUGGACAAGAUCUCGAGUUCGCCCUCGAUAGACGAUGGUGGGUAUUCUCUACCUCUUCACCCCGCGAUCUGGCCGGCGAGACGAGAGUCUCUGACUCCCCAGUCUUCGCCCGUGCUCUCAACUAUCGCUUCUCCUUCUUCUUCUUCUCCGUUUACGAAUACGCCUAUUCAUUUUCCUAUCUCUGUCCCUAAUCUUUCCUCACGGGAUCGACCUACAUCGAUCCCCGUUUCUUUACUAUUUCCUUUGCACCCAGAAAUCAAGUCAACGGAGCAUCAUCGUGGUGAGUAUUCCUGGACAAGGGCCACCACGGCACCGGACAACAACGAAGAACUACUCGCGGAGGUGGGUACCAGUCCAACGACGAGACGACUGAGGGCCGUCCAACGUCGCAUCGAGACAAGAGAAGACUCUCAGGCAUCACUAAUGUCCGAACUGGACGAGGAGCAGGUCAAACGCAUAUUGGAACCGAUUGAUCGUACCCUUCUAAACACACCGGAAGACCCCUUUCUGGAUCCUGCCCCAAGUUCACCUCGAACGACAAAUGACACUCCACUCAAGGCUAGCCAACCCGAAGAUGAAGAGGAUUCCUGGACCACCGACAGUGACGCCGACUCUUGGGACGCAGAUCUGGACCAAGACAACGAUGAUGCAUCCAAUGACGUCUCUUUUUCUGAUGACCCUAGAUUUAUCGACUCAGGAUGGGGAGGCGAAUGCUUACGAGAAACAGAAGAUAUCGACUUCGAAUUCGUCUACGCCCUGCACACAUUCGUCGCGACCGUCGAAGGUCAGGCAAACGCAACCAAAGGUGACACCAUGGUGUUACUCGAUGAUAGUAACAGCUACUGGUGGCUGGUACGAGUUGUCAAGGACAACAGCAUCGGCUAUCUGCCCGCCGAACACAUCGAGACACCAACAGAACGCUUAGCCCGCCUCAACAAGCAUAGAAACAUAGACCUCUCCGCAACCAUGCUUGGCGACACCGCCGAGAAAUCCAAAAAUCCGCUCAAGAAGGCCAUGCGACGAAGGAAUGCCAAAACUGUACAAUUCGCGCCACCUACUUACGUCGAAGCCUCAGACUACGAUUACUCGUCCGACGAGGGUGAGGGCGAACUCUUUGGUGGACCAGAGCCAAAGCAAUUACAACAGCAGCAAGCGGCAACACAGGACGGCGAUGCUGCUCAAGAAGAGAACCUCCAAGUACAACCACUGAAGGUGAAUGGUGCAAAGAAGGAUGGCCAAACCGAGGGUGAUGCACGAAGCUCAAGCGAGGAGUCUGCGAAACGAUCAGAAGACCGAGAAAGAGGAAGCGAAGACGCGGUAGAUCGGCCUUUGGACCCCAAAGUCUCUCGCAAUGGUACGCUGCGCAACACAGACUCUUUCUUCAAAGAUGAAAAUACCGAAACACGCAAGAUCACACUUACUCCUAACCUGCUUCGCGACGACUCAAGCACGUCAACUACCGGCUCUCGCGAGCGUGGGCCUAGUCUGGAGAGUCUGGAAAAGAAUGGUUUCGCGGAUAAGGUCAAGGACGACAAAAAGAAGAAAGAGAAGAAGUCAGGUAUGCUCAGUGGACUCUUCAAGCGCAAGGACAGGAAGGGUAAAGGUGCACAAGACUCCAUGGACAGCGACAUCGAGAAACCGGAAGAAGCGGAUCGCAGCUCGCCACAAUCAAAACCGUCAGACGAACUUGCAGAACGGUCGUCAGCUGAACAAGUGACAGCUCCAGCACCGUUGAGACAAUUGAGUAAGCCCAAGGUGCACAGAAGUCACCGAGACGAUUCGCCGCAGAAGACAAAGGGCAUCUUGAAGACUGAAAGCCCAACAGAGCUGAGCGCUGAACCAGAUGAGUUGGACAGUGUUGACAAUCAGCCGGCUGCACAACAAGCUACUUCGACUAUGCGUCUGGUAUCACCUGAACAAGAUGAGACAAGCAAGUCAACAACAGAAGACCAAACCAGGUCUCCAGACUCAACAUCCAACACCACAAGCUCAAGAAACCCAUUCAGUAAUAUCAUGAAGCCUCAACAAGAAGGGGAAGUCAAGCGCGAGAAGGUUACAAAGGCGAAGCAGCGUGUGCAAUUGGAUGAUUUCGACUCGGAUGAAAGCAGCGAUCCUUUCGCGGAUCCUGAUGCUCGGGACAAGCAGGGGGAAACUGAGAAUGUAGAGUCUACAGGUCGUCUUUCCGAGUCGCCAGUUCACGUCUCCGCAGCGGAUGCACAGCCCUUGCAGAAGGAAAUUGUUGCCGACAGGGAAAAAGAGUCGGAGUCUCACCACGCUCCAGGUUUGUCUACUGAUAGCUCAAGUCAAGAAACCAGCUCGCCAGUAUCAACGCCUACACCUGACGACAGCCCCAUGAAGACUAUUCCUGAGAACAACACCCUUUCGACAUUCAGGUCUGACAACACGUCAUCGCCCACGCAUCGUGCAUCUGAACCGGUCGGUCCUCCGCCGUCAAGACCAGCACCCAUCCCUACCAAAGAUCGCGAACCCUCACCUCCUGUAUCGGCAGAAAGCACAAUGCUUUCUGCGUGGUCCGACGCCUCGCUUCGUGCCUACCUGGAUGACGGUAGCGAGAUCCGCGACAUGCUCGUUGUUAUCAAUGACACCACAGGUGUUGUGCCAGUCGGCCGUGAUCAUCCUCUCAUGAAGGACUAUCUCGCUGAAGAGACCAAGACCAUGCAAGGCCUGAGUGGCGAACUAGAUCGUCUGCUUAAUGGGCUCAUGGAGAAGCGUAUGAAGAGAGCAGGCAGUGGUGCUAGCACAGCACGCAGCACCAGUGCAAACGGGAGUUUGAGGGCGGGGUCUAGGUUCUAG